CUGGCACUCACUGGGGUGGACCCCCAGGGCCAGCAGGACUCAGUAAUUUCCAGUCUGGCUCCCAAUACCAGAUAAGAAAGACGCGGAUGAAGGAGAGAUUAGUCGCUAAUCUCCCGGGGAAGAUGAAUCUGCAAGCUGGACCCCGCGGAGGGGACGCACGUGGGGGUGGAUGGGAGCUGAGCGCCAGCACAAAGUUGGGAUUUUCCUGAUGCUGUGGUCCAUCCUUUUCAUAGAAUCCCAGAAUGGUUUGGAUUGAAAGGGCCUUAAAAAUCAUCCAGUUCCAACCCCCUCCCAUGGGCAGGGACACCUUCCACUGGACCAGGCUGCUGUAGAUGGGUUUUCCCCAUUCUUCUGUUUGCAGCAGGGAGUCCCCUCCCAGACAACAGUUUCCUCACACACAACAGGCACCACAAGCCGUGUCCCGGGUGAGGUGCUGGACACAGGACAGGGUGAUUAGUACCCACCUGCAACCUGCUUCCCUCCCUCGGACAUCCCCAUCCUCGACGCAGCUCUCAAAGGCUCAUUUGCAUAUUUAUUUGAUGACCAAAUGAGAGUCGGGGCCUCCAACCAAGGCACCGACUCCAGAGAAGAGCCCGAUGCCGGCUGUCCGCUGCCUGCAUCCUGCCCCGGGUGCCCUCCCUGUCCCACCGCGGCCGGAGCUGCUGCUGCCGAGAGGCGCCUUCCCUGCCAAGGCUCUCGCUUCGGGGUGGCCGAGGCUCGGAGGAUUUGCAUGCCUUGGCUUAACCCUCCCGGGCACGGCGAGACCCUGCCCAGAGUCACGGCGGGGAUGCACCCGGCUUUUCCUGCUGAGCCGGGCGCGCUUUUCUUUUAGCGUGGAAAAACCAACAACGGCUGAAAAACGACCGUGGCCACACCCCGGCGUUGGAGGAACAGGCUUGAAUUCGCCCCCCCGGGCGGCAGACGCGGCCGGCGGCCGGGCGGACGCUGCUCCACAAACGUUAAUGCCCGCGGCCGCCGCUCAGGGCGGCUAAUCUGGGCCCAGAGGUUAGCGGGGCGGCGAUAUCAUGGCCGGGGGCUGGUGGGCGAAGGCGCAGGCGGGGGGGAUGCUGCUGGCCCUCCUCGGGUGGGUCAGCUCUUGCGUCACCACCUUUGUGCCGCUCUGGAAGAACCUCAACCUGGACCUGAACGAGCUGGAGGUCUGGAACAUGGGGCUCUGGCAGGUCUGCAUCACCCAGGAGGAAGGGGUGGUCGAGUGCCAAGCCCACGGCUCCUUCCUGGCGCUGCCCCCUGAGCUGCGCAUCUCUCGCCUCCUGAUGUGUGUCUCCAACGGGCUCGGGCUGCUGGGCUGCCUCCUCGCUGCCAUGGGGCUGGACAGCUGGAGAGCCUGCGAGGACAAACCCGGGCAAAAGCAGCGUCUCCUGCUCGCUGGGGGAGCGGUGCUUGGCACUGCGGGGAUUACCACCCUGGUGCCGGUCUCCUGGGUCGCCUACAACACCGUCCUCGACUUCUGGGAUGAGACCGUCCCCGACAUCGUGCCCCGGUGGGAGUUUGGGGAGGCCACCUUCCUGGGGUGGUUUGCCGGAGCGUUCCUCGCCGCUGGUGGGCUGCUCCUCGCCUGCAGCGCCCGCUCCACGAGCGCCGCGACACCGCCGGCCCCCGCCUGCCACCAGCUCCCCCCCACGCGGGGGCCGGGCGGGGGCCACCACCCACCCCCCAAAAUCGCAGACCUGGUCAUCUAGGGCCUCGCUGUGCCCUGCAUGCCUCGUGGCUUUUCCCCUGGCAGGGAGGGCCCCUGCACGUUUCACAGGAUGAUUUGCUAAUUGCUACAGCAGCCCUGCCACUUCCUCUCCUUUCUCUGUGUGCCUGCUUCACUUUUUCUCUGUUAAGGAGCAGCAGGUUUCCCCGCAGCACUCGCCAAGCGAGCGUGGGAAGGCAACAAGCAGUGGGCAGUACUUUGUACUGCUGGUGACACUGAUGGGUGACACCGUGUUGGCAGCUCAGCACAGCAGCUCCUUCCCUGUGUGUCUGUGUCGCUCUGAUGCAUUUGCAAUAAAUUAUCACGGCCAUUGGCA